CAAGCCCAUAGAACAAAACUUCCUACUCCAGGACACCAGCAUGGGGCAGAGAGGCAAGCGGCCCAUAUCUCUAGUGUUCAACCUAGAUUUAAAAGCUUUAUGAGUGGUAACGUGUAUUGUAUCAUGACUGUGGAUGGCAUGGAUCCUCCACACUGAAGCCUGUUUAUUGUUUAUCUUUUCCAAUCAAAACCUUUGAGACCCGUUCUGAAGAGGGGUAAUGGAACAGUCUUCGCUGGGAUCACGGCCCUGCACCUCCCGUGUGAAGAUCUACCUGAUCUCCAACCCAGAAGAUUCGGUGGUGGAGCGCAGGGCAUUGAGGGAGACUGUGUUCCCCAGACUACGAGAGCACUGCAGGAACACGCAUGGACUAGAUCUCAUGGUGAUUGACCCGUGUGAGUCCAGUGAUCCAAGGAGAUGGCCAGACCAGAGGACCAGGCAGCAGCUGUUAUACGAAUGUCAAAACAACUCCAAUGGCCCCUACUUACUGACACUGGUGGGACAUCAGUACGGCAGGGCCGGCCUGCCUUCUCAGGUGGAGGUGACAGAGUACCAAUUGUUGCUCCAGGUGUGCCAGCAUGCAGGAAUCACGACCAGUGCCCUGGAGGAGGCUUACCUGAGGGACGAGAACUCCAUCCUGCCCUCCUAUUGUUUGCGGACGCGGGCCAGUCGAAGCGAAGGCCAUGUGGAGAGCAACGGAGAGGUAGGGGAGGAAGACCAGAGUAAGAGGAGGGAUAAAGGAGAGGAGGCGCUGAAAGUAUUUCAGAUUGCACUGGGUCUUUGUGUCCGUGACGGCCUGAUGACGCAAGAGAGAGCCCACGACUAUCUAAGAUCAGAGCUCGAUGCAGAUCUACGACUGGCUCUGCGGGAGGGCUCUGGUGAUGACAUCAUGAGUCGCUGCCUGGUCUAUGUUCACAGAGUCCGCAAUGCAUGCAGCCAGAAGAGUGGAAAGAAGCAGAGUCAUCCAGACCAAGACCCACUACUCACUCCACAUUUACUGCCGUCUGGUGACCACUUCCUGUCGCAGCUCUGUGACGUCUUCCUGCCGAGCCUGAUCACUUCCUCUAAGCUCCAGGUGUACACCACAACCACGGAAUGCAACAGUCAUCACGGUUUCACCACGGCCAGACGGCGAGCCUACACAGAGUCUCUGUGUCUCCAGGUGUACUCAGACCUGGUGGACCUGGUCGACCGCCGUAACCCCUUACCUGUCCGUCACCUUGACGACGCGUUGGCCCUGGAGAUGGCCGCCCAGCAGGAACUGUCUGGUGUCUUCUCACGUCUUUAUGACGUCACUCGCCCAGAGGCGGAAGAGAUAAAAACCUACUUGGUGGAGAGGGCUAAACAGCGCCCGCUAGUGGUUGGAGGCGGGCCAUGCACUGGGAAAACAGUCCUGCUUGCACACUGCUGCCAGCAGGUGAAAUCAUGGCUAGCUGAUCAGGACCCAGUGAUCAUUCCUUACUUUGCUAACAUAACAAUUAACCCGUCCCCGAAGCACAUCCUCUCCCUACUCUGCUAUCAAAUAGUGUGCUGCUACAGACAACCACAUGACGUCUCAUCUGACCUCCACAUCUCCAAAGGCCUGCCCUCUAACCUGGAUUCAAACCAUGAACCUUGUAGUGCAGAGAACCACCAUUCCAACCCUAAUUUACGCUCUCUGAUCCCAAGCCCAAAGACCCUAAUCCUCCAGAACCCAGACCCAAACAAAGUAUCCCCAGCCAAUAUUUUGAACCUGAUCUCUCUCAAUCUUGGCUCAAAGAUCACCUCUCCUCACUCCUCUCCAGUUUUCCUACUCCCAAUCGGCCUGUUGUACUAAUCCUGGACGGCCUGGAUCAAAUAAACGACGUGGAUGUCCAACACAUGGUCCAAUGCCUUCCUUCCCCUCUCCCCGCUAGCGUC